ACACUUCAAAAUCUCCUGCCAAAUCACAGCAUCGAUCGGAAAAGAUCUAAGAAGCGUCGACGACCGAAUUCACCUACAAACCAUGGGGAAGAUAACUCCCCGAUACUAGAACAACUCUUAAACAAAAUGUCUACGAUCAGUUCUACAGUAGAGAAACUCAAUGAACACAUGACAAGCCUUGAAUUUGCAAGGCUGAAAUACACCGAGAAUAUGGCAGCCGAACAAGAUGACACAAGUUGUCCUGAACCAACAGAUGUCUCAGAUCAGCUUUCUAUUGCUGUCCCACCGGACACAGAUAUAGAAAGUUAUAGUCCAGUAAUCCUGGACCCCAAUUUUAGCCACAAAGUUGGCAACAUAACGAGCAAAUCACUUACCCAAGGUCAUAACAAUGACACCACUUGUUUAUCAGAAAACAACAAUGGCAACGGCGGAAAGAACCUUUCCGAAGGGGAGGCCCAGUCUAGCCAGGAUAGUGCAAAGCGCUUACCAUUUGAUCCUGUGGCUGAAGAUCCUAGGGGAGCCUUCUACGGUAUUUAA